AUGUUGGCAAGUCGAGUACUUCGGCCAUAUCUCGCCCGUGUCUCGCUUCGAGCUGGAAGUCAAAGCAAGCACGAUGGGCACAGCGUCGUUCCUCUUGAAGAAGCUUACGAUGGCACCAUGCAGGGCUUUACUGACGAUGACGGCAUGGGGCCCGUUCUUCCACAUACUGAGCAGCAACCUGCUCCUCUCGUGCCAAAGGGUGUAGAGCGGGAACAACUCGCCAAUUUCGGUGCUUACAUCGCCCAGGUCCUCCCUAAAUACGUCCAACUCGUGCAAGUUACUGACCAAAAUGAGCUGGAAAUCUGUAUCCACCCAGCUGGUAUCCGGCCGGUUCACUCAUUCCUCAAGGAUCACUCUCUUGCUCGCUUUGAGAGCAUGUCUGAUAUGACUGCUGUUGAUAUUCCAAACAGACAAAACCGAUUCGAAUUGGUCUACUGCCUUCUUUCCAUGCACUUCAAUGCUCGAAUCCGCAUCAAGUCGUACACCAAUGAGUUGAACCCCGUCGACUCUCUCGCUGCUGAUAUUCAUCCUUCUUGCAACUGGUACGAACGAGAGUGCUGGGAUAUGUACGGCGUCUACUUCAAUGGACACCCUGAUCUUAGACGUAUUCUUACUGACUAUGGCUUCCAGGGUCACCCACAGCGAAAAGACUUCCCCUUGACUGGUUAUUAUGAAGUCCGAUACGACGACGAUCUGAUGCGUGUCGUCCAAGAACCUCUCGAACUCGCCCAGGAAUACCGAAAAUUCGACCUCAAGAACCCAUGGGAAGUCUUCCCCAACUUCAGAGAUGCUUCUGAACUCGAAGACGGAUCCGCCGAUGAAGACAAGAAAAAGAAGAAGAGACGUCGACGAGAGAAAGCUGACGAAUAA